AUGUCUAACAAGGACUACUACGCAGGCGGGCAGCAGCAGUAUUAUCCUCCUCAAGGGCCUCCUCAAGGCGGUGGAUAUUAUCCUCAGCAACCCCAGCAGGCAUACCAGGGUGCUCCUCCUCAAGGCUAUGGGCAACCGUACGGUGGACAGCCGUACGGUGGGCAGCCAUAUCAGCCUCAGCCACCUCCUCAGACAGUCUAUGUACAACAGCAGGAUAAGGGGGGCGGUGAUUCGUGUAUGGCGUGUUUAGCGGGCAUGUGUCUGUGUUGCUGCGCCGAAGAACUUUGCUGCGACUGUCUAUUCUGA